AUGACAUUAAUUAAAAUUAUUGGAAACAACGCAGAAACAGUAGGUUAUCCUAUUGUAUGGAGAAAAUCAUCUCACGAUAUAGCAAAAGAAAUCGUGCAAGGAGAAUUUCAUAUCCAUUUGAUAAAUCCAUGUGAUGUAAUUGAAGACCUAAAGAAUACCAACAAAAACGCUAGCUUCUUGGAGAAGUUUGAUCGGCUCCGAUGUUCAGCAUUGUACAUAAAGCAAGUCAAAAGACCAUUGAAGAGAUAUUGCAAGGAAGUACAUGUUGACGAUGAAAGUCAUGAAAUUACAAAAAGAGGAGUAAUCAGUAUUGCAUACAAUACAGUAAAAGUGAUUAUUUCCGUUCUUGCUGUAAUUGGACUGGUUAACAUUUUCGGUUCCCACAAUGAUGGAUAUGAUCCUGAAUUGGGUAAGUUGGAACUUGAAAUUAAUCAAAAAAUGUUUGGAGUCAUCAGGAAACUUCAUGACGAACUAUAUGAAGUAAGAUCUGAAUUGGAAGCUGAAAGAGUCAUGACUAUGUUAAGCAUUAAAUUCAGUGAAUCGGAAAAAUUGAUUCACCAAAUUUUUGACUCUGAGAAUCCACGAUUUGCGAAUGCAUUGGAAUCUUUGUUCCCAGGAAUUACUAUGGGACCAAAUACGCCGAAGAAAUACUGGCAUAUGGAAAGUUGUCUCAUAAAACAAAAUGGAAUAAAGACAAAAUUGAUUAUCAACAUAAAUGGCAUAAGGACGGAUCAAGAUUACACCUUAUUAAGAGCUGAUCCAUUUUACCUAGCAGUUCUAGAACCGAAAAAUUUGACGGGACAUGAGGAAAUUUGUCUAACGAAAUAUAACGGACCUCAAUAUGUGGUAUAUCAGGAAAAAACUGGUUGCUCAGCAGAAAUCGUGUUUGAUCCAAUAGAGGAGCAUCAAACACCAUUUGUAUUUCAUUCACCAACUUGCCGACGGGCAAUGAAAUCUGUGGUGAAUCAAUGGAAGAAAACAAAGUGCAUGCAAUCAGAUAAAAUUAUACCAGAGGAAAUUGUCCAAGUAAAGAUGGACAAUGAAUUUGUAUAUUAUUACUGCUAUACCCAGAAUACCACCAUAAUGGGUAUUGAAGAAAAAUGCCAGAACAAAAUUUAUAAAGUGAAGAAAGGCAAGAAUAUCACCAUAAAUCAUGAGGUGAUAAAAUUCCACAAGGUCAGGAUGGAAUUAUUUACGAAUAUUGAUACGGACCUCACUGAUGCAAUUAACAGCAAAAUUUUCCGCCAAAAUGACGUGGAAAUUGCUCUGAAUCAUCUAGAGAAAAUGAUAGAGCAAGAGGAUCAACUAGUGGCGAAAAUCACUAGUUCGUAUUUACGAUAUUAUUUGAUCUGGACUACUGCAAUUGUAAUAACUAUAGCAUUAAUUAUUGCAAUAUGUUAUAUUUGUUAUCAAAAGAAGAAGUCUGUAAAAUAUCGUGAAAAACGUCGGGAAAGGCUGGAGAGUGCAUUGCGAAGUGAGAGGAUUGCAAUGACAGCAGUAUAG